AUGAAAAUUCUAUUACUUAUACUCUCAUGCAUCAUCCUACCCAUUUACGCCUACCGAAUUGGAGCUGGCAUAUCUGAUAUCACUGGCCCAAUUGCUCAAAUAAUGUUGAUGGGCUAUGCUAAACGAGGACAAACCGGCCAGGGAAUCUUACAACGACUAUGGUCGAGAGCAUUCAUUAUUGAAGAUGAACGUAUCAGACUCGUCUUUGUCAAUACAGAUACUCAAUCCAUGGGCGAUAUUGUCAAAAAAAGGGUCGUACAAAAGUUACAAACACUUUAUGGCGAUCUGUAUACCGAAAAGAAUAUCAUGCUAUCGAGUACGCAUUCACAUAGUGGAAUGGGUGGAUAUUUACAACACACCUUGUAUGAGAUAUCUGUCCUGGGUUGGAUAGAAGAGACUGUGGUACCAAUGGUGGAUGGCAUUGUGCAAUCCAUUGUGGAUGCUCACGAUAACCUUCAGGAGGGAACUAUCACAAUUUCACAGGGAGAAUUGCUUCAUUCAAAUAUCAAUAGAUCACCUCAAUCCUAUUUACUGAAUCCUAAAGAAGAAAGAGACCAGUAUCAGUAUAACGUGGAUAAAAUCAUGACCGUCUUGGGUUUCAAGUCCAAAUUGGGGCAUAAUGUGGGACUUGUGAGCUGGUUUCCUGUUCACGGGGUAUCAGUUAACAAUACCAACCGUCUUAUCAAUGGAGAUAACAAAGGCUACGCUGCUUAUCUCGCAGAAAAAAUAAUGCUGCGGAAUCAAGCUAGUUUCAUAGCUGCAUUUGCUCAAAGUAAUGAGGGCGAUGUCAGCCCAAAUACCCUUGGUGCUUACUGCACUGGUACUGACAUACCAUGUGAUGGAUCUCGGGACGACAUUUGUCCUGAAAACAGCGAGUGUUAUGGAAGGGGGCCAGGUUGGAAGAUAAGUGACCUUGAAUCCAAUCGUAUCAUUGGUGAAAACCAAGCAUUGAAGGCAUUGGAGCUGUUUCGACAAGGAACCCCACUGACAGCUGUUCAGCUGGAUUAUGCACAGCUUUACUGGGAUAUUACAAAGUCAGUGGUGACAGACAAAUUUGGUAAUCAAGCUCAUACCUGUUACCCUGCCAUGGGUUAUGCAUUUGCUGCUGGUACGACGGAUGGACCUGCACUUAACGGAUUUUAUCAAAACAGGACUACAGGUACCUUUUUUUGGGACAUUGUGAAAGACAUUGUCCAUAAGCCAACUAAGGAACAAAUCCGAUGUCAAGCUCCCAAGCCCAUCUUGCUGGAUACGGGCGAAAUGUCUAUUCGAUCGCAUACCUGGCAGCCGGAGGUUCUAGACAUUCAGUUAUUUCGAAUUGGCAAUGUAUACAUUUAUGCGGUCCCCUCCGAAUUUACAACCAUGAGUGGUCGAAGGUUAAGAAAGGCAAUUAAGCAAGCAUUAAUAAAGCAUCAUUUGGGAAAUGAAGAUACCGUUGUUAUUCACUCUGGUCCAGCAAAUGGGUAUGCUUCUUACUGCACAACUUAUGAAGAAUAUCAACAUCAGAGAUACGAAGGUGCAUCUACACCCUAUGGGCCUCAUACCUUACAGGCCUACAUUGAUGCAUUUGAAAAGCUUGUGUUCAUGAUGGCAAAUCCAACUGAUCACUCGAUUCACUCUGAAAUUCUCCCAGACUUUACAAAUCGCUCCUUUAACUUUGCUCCUCCUUAUCGUUCAGAUCAACCUCACCCCUUUAGAUCAUUUGGUGACGUUUUGAUCGAUGUCCCCUUUUUACGGUACAAUAGACACUCAAAACCGAUCAUCUCUGCCUUGUUUGUUGCUGCCAACCCACGUAACGAUCCGAUGCUUGGAAAGACGUUCUUGACAGUAGAGAGAAAGGUGAAUGGUAACUGGGAGAUAGUGCGUACAGACAAUGAUUAUGAUACUAGAUUCUACUGGCAAUACAAGUAUCCACUCCUAGGUAUGUCCGAGGCAUUGAUUGAGUGGCAUGUAGAUAGCUCUGUAGAGCCAGGAACCUAUCGAUUAGGUUACUUUGGAAAUAAUAGAACACCAUUUCGCAAGUAA